AUGGCAGAAGCGCCCCUGGCAGCGGGCAUCAUUGCAGGACAAAUAUAUGACAGAGAUGCUUCCAAGAAAGAAGAGGGUUGCAGCUUGGAAAUUGAUAGUGAAGAAGUGCAACUGCCUCCAGUAAGGAGAAGGCGGCCAGUGAAGAGGGACUAUAGUAUCAAAGAAGAAAUGGAAAGACAGAGAAUAGCAGAAGAAAGGAGAAUGCAAGCAGCGUCUAUAUAUUUGAAGCUUCAGAAAGCCCGAUCAACAGCAAUACGAGGAACACAACCCAUCAGUAUCUCUAAAUUUGAAGACUUCGACUUUUUGGCAAAAUACUGCAUCUUCAGCCAGGAGAAGUUGGCCGAGUAUAAAAGGGCUUUUGAAGCGGUGGACAGUGAUGAAGAUGGGUACCUUGACUGCCUGGAAGUUCUAAUGGCCUUAAAGGAGAUUGUUCCACCAGGAGCCUUAAGUGAUGCUGAAGAACUAUACAUUUAUAGAAUUUUAGAGAUUGUGGACUAUUAUGUAACAGAUGGCCUAACAGACCUACGACUCUUUGCUGUGAUGGCUAGCUUGGCGCAGAAAAUAGCAGCACUAGACUCCUUCAUGAGAUCAUUAAUUGACCAUAUGGACUUUAAGACACUGGAAUUAAAAAUGUACAAAGCCAAGCAACUUUUUCUGUGCAACAUUGACUCGGAAAACAAAAUCAGCGUGCCUCAGCUCCUUGUGGAAUUAAAGGCAGGCGGAAUUAGCCGAGAACAUGAAGAAGCCAUACAAACAGAACUGCAUCACAUAAAAAGACUAGAUAUCCUGGAUUUUCUAACCUAUUUACCACUGUUUGUUUUAAUACACAAGUCUGUAAUAUCUAAUCCACUGGAUGAUUCUAGAGCCAUCUAAAUAAUACAUACUAUGUAACAAGGAUUGUAGAUUAUAGGGGUAAUUUACAUUUUCUCUGGGCAGAAGGGGAAGAGCACUAAGGGGUGCAAAAGCAUGGCAUGCCACAGCACCUCUGCCCAAGGGAAUGGCUGCACUAUGCACCUCAUGCUAUAGGGAUGGUGGCAAUAUGUGCCUCCCUAUGGCUGCACCUCUUGCACAGUACCUUAGGGGGUUAGAAAUGACCCCUUAUAUCUGCCUCUGAAAUAUUCAUCUUGCAACUGACAGUUUUUCUUAAACACAUGGCCGUCUACAGUAACAUAAUAGGGGCCAUUUAUUUAAGGAAGGCAGUGUACAAAGUGCAAAAAACAGCUUUCUUCCCUAUGGCAGGUGGCAAGGACAGAGCUGGCUCUGACUGCGCACUUUGUUCUCGUGUGGGUACACCGUGCAGCUAUUUCCCUGGCCAGAGGUGCUCUGUGGAUGCGCAAUUAAGUUGGUCAUACAUGCACCCAUACCACUGUGUGAAACAAAGUUUCAUAUAAUAAUCGGUGCGUGUUUCCUGGGAAACAAGGCGAACAAUAUUGGUAAAAGUCUUGGAUAUCGGACUGAAAAUUUUGAUUGGGUGACUUUGAAGGUGCCUGAACAUCGUAAUAUUAAUGCUGACCCAUCAGAUAGGGGUAAAGAAUUCCUUUGUUUUUAUCUGCAUAUCUGACGAUUCAGCUCUAAAAGUUAGUAGAGUGGACAAACAAUCUUUUCUACAACCAGUGGUCAUGGGAAAGAGCAUAACUGUAGCACGUAUGGCUUAAAGGGCUUGCUCUUGCACUUCUGCUCAGGGGGUUGUAAAUGUCCCCAGUGACUCUAAAACCUUAUUAUCAUUAAUUGAGUCUCCCUUAAAACACAUUUGCAUUUGAGUUAUUCAAAGACCUUAUCAUAUGGCUUGGCUUGGCUGAGGCAUUUCAAAGCAACAACCAUGACAACAGCACAAAUUAUCACUGCUUAUCAUAUGUAUAAUGUUGUGAUGAUGUAUGAGUGUUUUACUGUUGAUAUAUAAAACUGAUCCCCACAUUUGCAUUAUAGUGUGCUAUUGCUCUCUUGACUGUGAAAAAUAUCUCUUCCAGGGCAAUCAAUAUGGCAGUAUUCAUUCUUGGAUGAACACAAAAAUGCAGCAAUGGACAGUUGAGAGCCUCAUGGUUUACUGUACACUGCAGUUGUAAAUAUUGUAUAAAUAAUGUUUUAACUAAAAGCACAGACCAUUUGUACCCCUCAUCUGCACAUUGGUAAUCACUUCUUGGUACAGGAACCCGUUACCAAUCUGUCCAGAAAAAUAAACAAUGACUGGCACUUUAUAUUGAUCGUGAUAAAAUUGGUAAUAAUGGCAGUGCUAAAGACUGUGCGAUCAAACAGUCCUUUGAUGAAAAUGUGCACUAUAAAUAUAUUUACAAAGGUACACUAUAAAUACGUAUAUAUAUUUUUUUUAUUUAGGGGCUAACUUGAACAGAUCUGCUUCAUGGGAUAAAUACUGACUAAUUUCCAAAUAUAUCAAGCUGCUCCAACUUGGCAAAGCAAAAUAUUUAUUGGACUGUUCACUGCACUGCAAUUGUGCUGUGGUUUAUCUGGAGACUGUGUUAUCUCUGUCUCUCUUGAACAGGUGGCUAUUCAUGUUUGAUAAUUUUUAUAUCUAUAACCAUUAUUAUAACACAAUGAGGGGAAAUUAGAAAUACACAACUAUGUUCAUACUAAAGAACUCCAGUGUGUGGGGGUGUCUGUGUGUUUGUAUGUGUGCUUUUAUGUGUGUACAGGUGAAGUUCUUGAGUCCAGAGGCUAUUGCACUCCCAGAACCGGUAGCUUGCAACUCUUGGUGAGAUGGACCUUUAUUGUUGAAAAUAGGAAUAUUUAGUCUGGCUUUAUUGAGCUCCACUGAGCCAAGUGUUGGUUAUUUUGCAUGAGUGUUCAUUAAACUGUCUAAUCCCAAAGAGGUUAUGAGAGUCCAUGGUACAAAUUAACUUUAUAAUUCACACAUUCAUACAUUCAACUGAUAAUUGUUAGGUAAAAGAAAAUCAUCAUUCUACAAAACCAAAAAUCCCAACAAUAUAUUCUAGAGCCCAGAGAAGAACAAUGAGAUACAGUUUUGGUAAUGAUUGUAUCAGUAGGGAUGAGUUCCAAGUUUGCCUCCUAAUGUGACUACUUACUACCAACAUUUCCAGAUAAAAUAUUAGGUCAUGCCUUUAUUAAUCCAGAAUACACCCCAGCCUAUCCAAACAACAUU